AUGGAGAAUGCUGCAGAACCUUCCCUGACCCCGCAAUCCGCUGAAGCCGAACCCUUCCCGACCGUGGAGAGCUCGGAUGUGUCCAGCUCCGAAGAACAUGAUCCCUCCGAAGACGUCGCGCCUGAUAUCAUUGUGCAACUGAUCUUGUGCUAUAAAUGCUCGAAACCCCUACACACUCCAUGCCGUUUGCCGUGUGGUAACACUGUAUGUCGGGAAUGUUUACCGCCCGUCCGACCGCGAACGGGGAUUACGUAUCCCGUGGCGCAGGGCAGAGAAGAGGGCUUUACAUGCUACUGGAAGGAUCAGGAUGAUUGUGUGGGUGAACAUUGCGUUGGGGAUUGCGGAACUGAUGUGGUUCUUUCCUUCGUGGCCGAUAUUUUUCAAGAGGAAUUGAUGCAGGAUGCCGAGGUGGCGAAUGCGCGCAAUGCGGAUGGCCGCGUUGUCUGUUGGAGGAAAGGAUCAAAGGGUGAAGGUUCGGUUUCAGAGAUACAGCGCCUUCAGUUAGGUCAGCGUGGGUGGCUUCAUGGAUUAUACCAGGCGGCUUGUGAGGGCGACUUCCCUUGUGAUGCCCUCGAGGCCAUCUAUGAAGAAGCCGGUGCUGCUGGAGUUUCGGUCCCGCAGACUGCAGAAGAAGAUCAGAUUGGCUUCCAAAAGCUCAGAGACAGGGUUCGGGGUGAACUGGAUUGUCAGGUCUGUUACGCUCUUAUACUGGAGCCUUUGACCUUGCCUUGUGGCCACACCUUCUGUCGGACAUGUAUUACUCGGGUGCUGGAUCACUCAGAUCUUUGUCCGAUAUGUCGCCGCAAACUCGGAAUGCCCGCAUCUAUGCAGGCUGAGCCUAGGAACCGGACACUCUCAAGACUUAUUGAUCAAUUAUUCCCAGAUCAGGUCGCAGCUAGAAGAGAGGCAGUCGCACAGGACGAACUAGGCGUUGAUCAUGACAAGAAGUUGCCGUUAUUCGUUUGCACACUUUCCUUUCCAACGAUGCCUACAUUUUUGCACAUCUUUGAGCCCCGAUAUCGGCUCAUGGUUCGGCGAGUCGUUGAGAGUGGCGAUGGUAAGUUUGGCAUGGUCAUGUAUAACCGUCGGGGCCGGCCACUGGCAGAUGAAAUAGGCAGUGUCCCAUUUGUGCAAUAUGGGACAUUGUUAAUGGUCGAACGCUAUGAACUGCUCCCAGAUGGGCGCAGUCUUGUCAUUGCCACUGGAGUAUCACGAUUCAAAGUACUCGAGGCGGGUAUGCUCGAUGGCUAUCACGUUGCCAGAACAGAGCGUGUGGAUGAUAUUUCUUUAGCAGAGGAGGAGAGAAUAGAGGCAAUGGAAACUGCAGCCAAUGCGAUCCCAGAUCCAACUUCAGAGGAAAGCAAUGUUGAAGUUCCAUUAGACUCGAUGUCAACCCAAGAUCUGAUGCUAUUGACACGGGAGUUUAUUGUCAAACAGCGCCAAAUAGGUGCGCCGUGGCUUCAUCCACGGGUUAUGUUGGCUUAUGGACCCGUACCCACGGAUGCGGCCCGGUUUCCAUGGUGGUUCUCCAGCAUUCUACCCAUAGCUGAAGAAGAAAAGUACCCUAUCUUGUCAGCGGUGAGCGUAAGAGAGCGACUGAAAAUCUGCGCGCGAUGGGCGAGAGAGCUGGAGGCCCCGCCUUUCCAAAACACAAUGCGACAACUGCACGACCGCGAAGAACAACGAAACACGAAUAGAGAAAAAUCAACCGAGACGUAUAUACCCAAAACACUCGUCGUGGGCGCCUUCUUAGCCAUAUUCCUUGGUCAAGUGGGUGUCAAUUUUCUACAGGUUCUACGAACAGGAAGACGCCGAAGAAGGCAGGCAAUGGAACUCCAGUUCCCACAACCUAUCCCUCCACAAACCCGACCGCAAACUCGAGAGCGGGAGAGGAUUGUUGGAGAGGGACUUUCGGCAGAUCUAGUAGAUCAUGCUGGAUAG